AAUAACAUUCAACAGGUUUCAUCAGAAAAGUUCAACGUGUCAGCAAACUGUAGGAACAUUUUCCAAGGGCAUUUAGAAUGCUAGAACAGCUGUAGCUACAGCGCUAGUGUCAGCAUGACUAUCCUUCUCAGGAGAACCUUAUUCAUUCAUGGGUUUCUUCCUGAGAGUCUGGCUCACACAUCUCUCUCAACCUCCACUUGGUGGGAUGUCACACGCCGUGGGGGUGGAAUCAUCUCAAGGACUUCAUCAAACUGAUACCAGUGGAUGUCAUCUCGAGGAGGCCAGAAAAAUCGGUUUGGUGCAUACAUGCACCAUGCAUACAUUUCACUUGUACACUCAUUUCAUCCGUGCCGAGGAUGAUGCCUGGAUAAAGGUCAGCAUCAUAUUCCACUACACACCACUGUCCAAGAAGACCUGGAUUUCCCCACUGGAUUUCAUCCACGUUGUGGAUUUUCCUCAUUGGCUGGCUGUUCUGGAGCAGCCAGUACCUUCUGCCUGAAACUGAAGUGCUGUUUGUUAAAACAUGUACAGUUUAGGUCCUUUGUUGAACAAAGGCAGCUGACAUCACGAGAUAUCAGCUCACCAGGAGAAAGGGUGAUGACAUGGUGUAUUCUCAUGGUGGAAGGCACAGCUUUUAUCGGGCUUGGCAUCAUCUCCAUCCCACGUUCAACAUCGGUACUCUUCACAAAGAACACUUGCCCUGACCUUGAAGAUCCUGGCUGUGGGGACUGCUCUGGAACAUGAUCUGGACUUUGUGGAGGAGUGGUCAAGUUCCUCAGUGCUCCUUUCCUCUCCUUGCUUCUUUUGUAUGCAGCUCUCCACUGUUUCCGCUGCUGACGCUGGUAUCUCUCAUUGAAAUCACUUCCUUCAUCCAAAAGCUAUACUAUGGUUUGACCAGACCGGGUUAUGUGUUGUGAAGCUAGCCACAUAAAGGAAUAGCCACAAUAGUGGAAUUUGCGGUUCGCCUUUAAAAUAAAAGUCCCUCUUUGAAAGUGAUGCAGAAGGUUAAAAUUGGUGAAAUCAUGCCAUGUUUAGACUUGAUAUUGUUAAACAUGGUUGGAGUGUUGGAAUGUGGCGCAAUGAAAUGGGGUAUCAGUCUACUCGGUGACACCAAGAGAACACAACUGUGCGUAGUUUAAGGAAAUAUUAGCGUCGUAGCUCUUAUUGCGGGACUUUGACUGUGGGAAAUCACCUCCCCAGUCAGCCUAUUGUGCGUAUUGAGAUUCAUAUUGCACUAUACAGCCUUACCUAACGAUUGGGGAUCAAUGAAAUGGGGUAUCGGCCUUCUCAGUACCUAAGUGCUUUUUUCCCAAAGUCCUCCUCAAGAGUUAUCAGGCUCCAAAACAUCCACGUUGAAUUGUUUUUCCUCUGGAAUAGUGUUCAAUACACAUGGUAGGUUGACUGGUACAAUAACUGUGGCUCAAUUCACAGUGGUUUCAGAGUCCUGCAAUAAGAGCUAUGACGCUAAGGUUUUCUUGGUGUCACUGAGUAGACUGAUACCCCAUGUCAUUGAUCUACUAAUCCAUCGGUUUAGGCUGUAUAGUGAAAUAUGUAUGACACCAAUGCAAUUCUAAAGUCUAAUACAUCCAGUGUGAUUUCAACAGAUUUGUCAAAUUAACUAAUUAUUGUCUUUUGUUGAAUUUAUAUAAGAACAUUCCAACCUCGUUUGCAUAAUCUAUUCCAUCAUUGAAUGAUUCCACUAUUUGUAUUAUUUGCAUGACUUUCAUUGAGACUUUUAUUUUGAAGACAAACCGUAAAUUCCACGAUUGUGGCUAAUCCUUAUUGUGGCUAGCUUCACAUAGAUGGGUCCGACCACCAUUAAUCAAAUAAUAACUGUUUUAUAAAUAUUUUAGACGAUGACACUUAGCUAGAUAGUUAGCUAGCUAACUAUAGCUACCGAAACAGAUUGUCGUUUUGCUAUGUUUUUGAGGACGAACUUUGUUUUCCUCCAUCAGCUAGCUAGCUAGCUUUUUUACCACCAGCACUUUACCAGCGUCAUUAUUAUGUGACGUACAGUUUAAAUUCGGGUCCUGAUUGGUCCCAAUAAGGAUUAGCCACAAUAGUGGAAUUUGCGGUUUGUCUUCAAAAUAAAAUAUCUCAAACAGCGUUCUCUAAUGAACCUUCUAUGCACCUUUAAGACCGCUCUUUCAAAGUCACCGAGAUCUCUUCUAGCCAUGGUAGCCAAAAUAGUGGGCAACUGGGCAUUUUUAUACAAUUUCCCAUUACCAGGGUUUUGUUAAGAAGGGAUACAGCUUUUGUCGAAAUGUACUUUUCAUACCAGGUUUAGGAGAAUUUAUGCAGUAGGUUAGGAUAAUUGGGUUAAGGUUAGCGAAAAUGCAAAAAACAACUUUUGACAACAACUGUAUCCAUCUAGACAUGAUGACCAAUGACCAUUUAUGUUACAUACGUCUGUCCACAAGAGAUUACCAAAGGCGGAAGUGGCCAACAAGCGCGCUAUAUUUAUCUGCUUCUUUAUUGGACAACCCACUGAUGACGUACCCCGCUAAACUCGAACAUCAACAAAACUUCCGCUGCAUAUUUUAGCACCUUGACCAGAGAUUCAACCAGGCAUGGUAAUUGAACUAACUGUAUUCUGCUGGUUUCUUUUGAAAGACUACAUUUAACAGAUAACUUCUCUAUGGUGCGAAAUGGAUUAUCAACGCCAUAUUACCUCACGUCCUUUGAGAAUACUUUGCCUUUUUAAUCUGGUAUCCUCUGUAUUGUUGUCCAGCUGUCCUCAAAUCUGUGACCCAGAAUUCAUUAUUGACAAGUGUGAGUGUGUCCGUUGUCCCGAUGGCUACUACUUGUACAUGCAGAACGGCCUUCCGAAGUGUGACCGCUGCAGCGACGCCUGCUCAGUUGACCAGCACUUGACGCAGGUGAAAGAAUGCGGCCGGGACUCAAACCGCGAGUGCCACUGUGACAGUGGCUUUUUCUGUGAAAUCGCUGCCCAGUAUACCUGCAGGAGGUGUAAGCCGUGCUCGCCCGGAACCUUCUCUAACAAACCAAACCUAACCAUGUCCUGCAAACCCCACACAGAUUGUGGCCAUAAGGGAAUGACUAUGGUGACAGAGGGCACUGCUACUCAGGAUCGUUUAUGUGCCCAGACCUCCCCUAACUCUCCUACAACCACUGCGCCUCCAACUGUCCACAGCUCAGAGAUAGGCUUUCAUUCUUCUACCUACAGUGGAGUCAGCACCACCCGAAAACCCCUCAUCAUAGCAUCCCCAUCUGGCCUGGUGGGGUCUACAUCUCCUGAUGGUAUGGCUCUUAUGAGAGCUUUCUCUCACUUGAGUGAAUCCAAGCAUUUCCUGCUCUGUCCACUGGAGGGCUUUAAUAACAUGCUUCACCAGUCCAGCUCUAGAGGUUUCAUUGUCCUGCCAUUUAAUCACACUCAUUCUCUGUUUAUUCCAGCCUUUCCCAUAGCCACAAUUGACACAUCUGCAGACCCUUCACCAGCCUUACUCACCAGGCCUUCUUUGUCCCAAGCCCAUAGCGAGCCCUCUACCUCCCUCCCAACUAGGAAACAAGUCACUGAACACAGCUCCUUUGACCCCAACACAAAGCUCACCACCAGGAGAAACCCCAGCAAGGUGGACAGUAACACCUCACCUGCAGAGUCUGCCUCUGUACCUCUUACCACAGAUGACAAUGACUCACCUCAUCUCCCAGCAACAGAUACUGGACCGAGCCCUUCCACUCUCCCAUGGCUGCUGCUGAUAGGUGGGCUACUAGGGGUUGUCGUGCUGCUGGUUGUUUACUUUGUCCGUUGUAAGGAGAGGUCACUGAAGUCCCUAGACAAGUGGAAAGGUCCAGUAUUUGGUAUAAAUACGGCUUCCUAUAUACAGGCCCAGCCACCACAGGAGAGUUGCCCAUACACGGAGGCCCAGCAUCUUCUGGGGUGUGAGACUGGGGGAAAUCCUAGACAGGAUGGUGCAGGGUGGCUACCUCCAGGGGUCAUGAAGCAGGUCACAGUGGACCACUCUGGUGGAGAGAACAUUAGCAACACAGUGGGGUCCAUUUACAUCUACUCUCCGGGGACGGUUGUCCUGGGAUACAACAAGUCGGAGAGGAAGGUGGAUCAAGUCAAGAGUGGGGUAGAGGGCUGUCCCCUCACCAGAACACCCCAGCAGGAGUCCUCCUGCCCCCUCCCUGAGGGCCCUGCUCUGGGGCCAGAGAGAAUGAGUACACAGGAGGAGACCUGCAAAGAGCUGAGAUACCCCAUCCCGGCCACCAGCAACUGAGAACUAGAAAAAAAUUGAAAUUAAGGAUUAACUAUGGAAAAAGCCUGAGGAGGAGCAACUUCAUUCAAUAUCAACUAUCAUCUCUAGGGGAAGAAUGCAGGCAGAUUAUUAUUUGCUACUGUAAAGAAUGUUAGACUGGAUGGCUUCCUUCUGUACAAGGAUUGCCAAAGCCACUGGGGUCCCUCAUGGGUCUUCUAUUAUGAAAGAGUGACAGUUUGUUCCAACUGUAUGUAAUAGUCUUAGCACGGUUUCAAAUUCACUGUAAGUCACUGUUGUGACAGCAGUGCUGAGACAGUUUGUGAGAGCAAUGCAUGGUCUGUUUGAUAUGGGGUGUCAACACUGUGAGUCGGAGUUUCCCAUCAUAGGGUACAUGUACACAAUGGCGCCAGAUAGUGUGAGAGUUUACGUGUAUCAACCACAGAAACAGUGAAGACAAGAAAUUCAUAUGAGGUGGGAAGUAACCUAUAUAACAAGUAGGGUUUGGCGUGUGAAGAGCUUACAAUUUCCAUUGUAAAGUAAUACAGGGAUUGUCUGGACAAUUUAAACUCAAACAUAGCCAUGUUCACUGGUUAUAACCUUUGUUCUGUGAAUUUAUGAUCAAGACAUUGCUAUGUACAGUAGCCUGCAGAACGAAGACAGAAGAAAGAUGAUUUUAUAACAGACAAUAGCAAUCUGUUCCAGUCUAUUCCUUGACAUAAAUGUACACAAAUGAACAAACUAUUUCAAGUCAUCUCUUUAUGGUGAAACCACUUAUGUAGUUGACUAUGACUAUGGGCAGCCAAUCACUGUCUGUUAAUCAUGCGGACUGUACAGAACAAUUGUAAUAUUUAGUCUGUUUGACAAACGCAUGUGACGUAGGCUAUGCCAUAGCAUGAGCUGUUUGAUUACCCCAAUUUUUCUUUUAUCCUUCUGAAAUUGUAGAACUUUUUCAAGCAAGUAUUUACCGACAAAACACACCGUUUACGAUGAUUUCUGUGUUAGUAUGGAGGAAUGAAAAAUGGUCUCUCUUUUUGUAUAGUAGUGGUGCUGAAAAUGGUGACUCAACAUUUUGUGGUUAACAUACCAAAUUUCGCACAGAUGUAGAUGUACGGUGCCUUCGAAAAGUAUUCAGGCCCCUUGACUUUUUCCCACUUUUUGUAACGUUACAGCCUCCCUCUAAAACAUGAUAUAAAAAAAAUCCUCAGCACUCUACACACAAUACCCCAUAAUGACAAAGUGAAAACAGGUUUUUAGAAAUUUCUGCAAAUGUAGGGGUUAUUCGGCUGUCCGCAUAAGAUAACCAUGUUUGGUUCCAUGUAGAACCCUUUACCCCCAACAUGGGACCCAAAAGGGUUCUUUCUACCUGGAACCAAAAAGUGUUUUACCUGGAUCCAAAAAGGGUUCUUCAAAGGGUUAUCCUAUGGGGACAGCCGAAUAACCUUUUUAGGUUCUAGAUGGCACCUUUUUUUCCCGAAUAGGGUAGUCCAUAGCGUUCUAAAGUUCGAGCUAAAAGUCUGAUGGCACCAGUUGCCAUAUCGCCUAUAACUCAAUCGCCAAUUUCUCAGCCUCUGAGUAUCACAGAAACACAAGAUUUUGAAUGAAUAACAUAAACAUGUUAAUGACAAGAUCCUAUGGCUGAAAUGGAUCAAAACAUGGAAAAGCAUGCAAAAAUGUAUAUUUUAAACAUAAGAUUUGACUAUACAUGUGUUAACAUUCUUAACAUUUGUAUUGUGUUGUGUUACAAAAGGUUAAUGAAAGAAAGUAUUACUGCUUGACACUGCCUCUGCAAUCAUUACCAGUUUGGGUACAGUACAUCUGGACUUCUUGAGGAAAUUGAAAUCGAAGGUUACUGCAGUGCAAAGACGCCCUCAGUUUCCUCAGCUAGUCAGCAGUUCAAGGAAACGCGCACUUUUGUUCCAGGUUGUAAUUCGAGUGUUCUUCUGUCGGCUAACUAUACGGUUUCAGUAUGGACUUUUUCGCAAUAUCUUAAAGGGUCAAUAAUAGUUCAAUCAAUCAUGAUACUGAGGACUGUAAGUGGCGUUCUUACAGUAAGGAUUUUUCUAGCAAUCAUGGUGCAGCCUGUUGAGAACAUGGUAAGUGUCCUUCAGACGUGAAUGUUGUGUGACGCGACCAUGACAACGAUAAACAGGUCGGUGUAACUGGUGCAGCCUGACCAAUGUUUAGCUGAAUGGGAUACUCUACAGUGUUGUAUGAUCAUCAGAUGAGAUCACCAGUCUGAUUUUAAAUAGCGAAUCAUUAAUAAUUGAUUGUUAACUCUUAUCUAGGUCUAUGAAUUGUGUUUGUGCGAGAGAAUGUUGUGUUGUCUUGGAUUUUUCAACUUAAUUUGUCAAGGUAUUGUGACAUAGAAUAUAUGUUUAAAAUACAUAGGAUUUAAAAAAAAGUUAACAUAAACUGUUGUUUUGCGAGUGAAAUUGAAGGAUUAUGUUAUCAUUGUGACCAAUUUUCAACAUCGAGAAACCAUAUAAAAUAUGUUGAAUUUGUACCUUUGAAACCAAGUCAGAUCUUCAACAUUAUAUCCACUGUCAGAAAAAACGAAAGUCUAGGCAGCUACUACCGGAGAGUUGUCUAACAGGUAUUAAUUUGAUCUCCCAUCCAUGGUUUUAACCAAGCCCAGCACUGCUUAGCUUUGUUGCUUGUCGCUGACUACUACGUGUACCAAUGUCAUAUCAUGAGAAUAAGUAUUGAGAGAUCUGCUGAAAUGGAUAACGAAAUAUAUUCACUGUUGCUAUCAAAGUCAUUCCCGAAAGGUUGGUUUAACCGAGCAAAUUAAAUGUAACCAUACUUUAUGUCAUAUCAUCAAUUAUACUCUUUAGGCCUAUAUAGCAUUUGCAAAGUCAUCUACAUUGUUCUUGUCUAUGAAUGUUCUGUAUUAUGUCAUGUCUCAUGUUUUGUGUGGACACCAGGAAGAUUAGCUGCCUUUGGCAACUGCUAAUGUGGAUCCUAAUAAAAUACCCCAAAAUACCAAAAAAA